CUUCACUCGUUUCCCGACGAUUGUUAUAGAGCAGAUGAGAGUUCUCGUCGUGCUCUCCUCGUAAGACGAAGCCUUGGAUCGGGAUCCUAUUUCGACUACCAUUCCAAAGAUCCAUGCACGAUAAGGAGUCCCUGGCUAUAUCGUAUCAAUCCAGUUCUGAAGUGUAGUCACUGUCCGUUUGUGCUCUCCAUGGACACUGCUACAUCCCAGUCACGGCUCGACUUGUUCAUUAGAGUCUCGGCAAGCUUCAUCCUAGCCACUGUGGUAUAUACAAUUGGAGUCUGCAUAUACCGAGUCACGCUGCAUCCGUUGGCAAAGUAUCCCGGUCCAUUCCUCAGCAAGAUCACCGACUGGUCGAUUGUUCUACAAGCGAGGAGUGGUGAUCGACAUCUGGACACGUGGGCCGAGCAUCAGAAGUAUGGUCCCGUUGUGCGAAUCGGACCGAAUGUCUUAUCUUACAACACCACUGCUGCCUUGAAAGCCAUCUACAGCAGUCGAAGGUCCAAUGUGCGAAAGUCGGACUGGUACAAGACCAUCGACGCCGGUUCGAAGGCGUUCAGCCUUCAUUCCGAGAUCGACGAGAAACGCCACGCGUUCCGGCGACGAGUGAUCGACCAAGCAUUCUCGGACACGGCCAUCAAGAGUGACGAGGAUCUUAUUGUCAAAGACGUUACGACGUGGGUUGAUGCGUUGGGAACCGAAGUCGAUGCGACGACGGGCUGGACCAAACCGAAAGACAUGAAGGACUGGUGUAACUGGCUCAGCUUCGACAUGAUGGGAGAUCUCACGUUUGGCAAGGGGUUCGGGUGUGUCGAACUGGGCGAACAUAGAUUCGUGCCCGAGGUUGUCCUUGACGCCACAAAGUUUGUCUACGUUGCCGGGUUUUGGCCCUUCAUCGACCUCGUCCGCCCUUUACUGGGCACGUCGUGGGCGUCGAUUCUCUUCACCAAGGACGCCGCACAGGGCGAAGCUUACAUCAAGUACGCCAACGGGAUGAUGGAGCAACGCAUGGCCGAGGAGCGACAGUUCGACGACACCAAGGCGAGCAACCCCCGCCGCAAAGACUUCAUACACCACCUCCUCCACGCACGCGACCCGGAGACGGGCCGAGGGUUGAGCGUCAACGAACUACACGCGGAUUCGGCGCUGCUCAUCCACGCCGGAUCUGACACGACGGCCCUCACGCUCAGCGCGGCCACGUUUUACCUCACGGAUCCCCGAAACGAACGAGUCCUGACGAAAUUGACGACCGAGAUUCGUAGAACCUUUGACACGCCCCGGGACAUCCACUCUGGACCGGCACUCGGUUCACUCACGUACCUGCGAGCAGUCAUCGACGAAGUUCUGCGUCUCGCACCGCCCGUGCCGUCGCACCUGCCUCGCCAGGUCCUCCCCGGAGGCAUGGAGAUCGAGGGCGAUUACGUCCCCGAAGGGACCGUGGUGGGAGUGGCCCCGUUCGCCAUCCAGUACAACGAAGAAUAUUACCCCGACCCGUUCAGGUUCAAACCCGAGAGGUGGAUAUCGGGACCCGACGAAGGCGUCGCGACCGCACGUGCGGCUUUUUGUCCCUUUAGCAUCGGACCCAGAGGUUGCGCAGGGAAGCGGGUCGCGUACUUGGAGGUCAGCAUCGCCUUGGCCACGUUGUUGUGGAGUUUUGAUGUGAAGAGGGCGGCGGCGGCGGCGGCGGAUGAAGAUGGUACGAUUACUACCACGACCGACAACAACACUAGCAACAAAAAUAACAACGACAACAAAAACUCGAGACACGGGAACGUCAGGGGUAGAAGGGAUUUGUAUCAAUUGUGGGACCAUUUCGUGGCCGACAGGAAAGGUCCGAUGGUGCAAUUUAGAAAGAGGGUCGACUAGUUGACGGGGAAAAAAUAAAGGAUUUUUCUUAAUUACAAAGAAAGAAUAUCCAUACCUGUACACAAGUACGGGAGUAUGUAGGUAACG